AUGGUGACCCUUGAUGAUCGUUUGCUUGGAGAAAAAUUACAAAACUAUUGUAGUAGUUCAUCUGACGAUGAGGAUGAUAAAGGUAAUGAUUCUGAUGAUGGCAAGAGACAUGGAAAAUCAACAACAAGAUUCAUCCCGGAGUCGGAUUUGAAACAACCGAGUUCAUCGAGUGGUUUUACUGAAAAUACUGGUCCAAAAGGUGUUAUUGAAGAUUGGCGACGAUUUAAACAAUUGGAAGCAGAAAAACGAGAAGAACAAAAUAGAGAAAAAGAUGCUUUAAUCAAAAAAUUAUCUAUGACAUGCAGAUCUUAUUUGGACGAUGAAGAAGCAAAGAAAAAAGAACAAGAAGCUGAAGAUGAGUUUUUCGAUGCUGAAGAUGAUUUUUUUAAAGAAUAUCGAGAAAAAAUGCUGUAUCAAAUGCAACAGCGAUUAUUGGAUGCUCCUCGUUUUGGCAAACAAGUUGAAUUGAAUCGUGACAAUUUUACCAGUGCAAUCGAUGAUGAAAAUAAAAAUGUUACUGUUAUUGUAUAUGUCUUUGAACAGUCAGCAAUUGGUUGUAAAGCAAUGAAUCAUUGUAUUCCUAUUCUUGCUGAACAAUAUCCGUAUGUGAAGUUUUGUCGAAUUCAAGCAUCGGAAGCUCAACUUAGUCGUAAUUUUGUUAAAAAUGGUUGUCCAGCACUUUUAGUUUAUCGUGGUGGUGAAUUACUUUCGUCGUUUAUUUCAUUGACAAAUAAAUUAGGCGACGACUUUGUUCCUAGUGAUGUUGAAGGCUUUUUACAAGAAUCUGGUUAUCUCUCAUCGGCUGAAUGUGUUAAAAGCAACACUGUACGAGAUAGUCAAACACACGAAAAUAAUCGAUCUGAUACAGAUGAUGACUAA